AUGGUAUCAGAGCGACGUCCUAGCUAUGCCGCGGUGGUUACAGAGAAUAACGUAGCCGGCGGAGAGAAUCUGGCCGGACAAUCUUCGAAUCCAGCAAAUCAAAGUCCGUUCGAUCAAGCUCCAACUCAGCGGAAUGAUGAAUUCGACGAUCCGCUAUAUUUGCACAUCACCGAGAAUCCGAAUUUGGUUCUCGUAUCUCCUCCGUUAUCCGAACACAACUAUGCUUCAUGGAGUAGGUCGAUGAAGAUAGCCCUAGAGGUGAAGAACAAAUUUGGCUUUGCUAAUGGAUCUAUUCCAAAUCCAAGGGAGAAUGAUCCAAGGUAUGCAGUGUGGAGGAGAUGUAACACGAUAGUUUGCUCGUGGAUUCUGAAAUCUCUAAGUUCGAGCAUUGCGGAGACUGUUCUAUACUAUGAAGUUGUAGCGGAUAUCUGGAAAGCUCUCAAGAAUAGGUAUACACAAGCAGAUCCUCACAGAAUUGCGGAGUUACAGAAUCAAAUCUACCGAAACAUGCAAGGUAAUUUGACUGUUAAUGAGUAUUUUACAAAGUGUACUGCCUUGUGGGAGAAGUUGAAUGCUAUGAGGCCUAUAUUACUCUGUGAAUGUCCUCCUAGAUGUACUUGCAAUCUCCUUACUAAAAUGCAGAAAGAGAGAGCUGAUGAUAGAGUCAUUAGGUUUCUAGAUGGUCUCAAUGAUGACUUUGAAACAAUAAAGUCAGGGGUGCUUAUAAUGGAUCCUAUCCCAGACAUGGAAAAAGUCCUUAAUAUGGCUUUAAAACUAGAGAGGAAACUCAAUGGUUCCAUUGCUCAAAGGAGCAAUGAUUUGGUCCAGUCUAAUGCUGUUCAAAAUGGUCAGAAUCUAGUUUUGGGAGAUCAAAGUCUUGUUGAUGUUUCAGAUUCAAAUAAUAGAAAGAGGUUUGGGAAUGGUGUAGGUAAGAAUGUGCCUAAAUGCACCUAUUGUGGUAUGAACGGGCACACAGUUGAAAAAUGUUAUAAAAAACAUGGAUUUCCACCUGGAUGGAUACCAGGCUACAAAUCCAAGAACAUGCAGAAUCAAGAGAUUCAGCAAUCUGCAAAUUCCUCUACAAGCCAGAUUGGGGAUAUAGGACUAUCAGCUGAUCGGUUUCAGAGGUUGCUGGCCUUUAUGCAAAAUCAAAACCAGAGUCAGGUUUCCACUAAUCUAGCCUCAACGAAUGCUGCUACGAAGAUGGACAGUUCAGGGAUGAGGCCUACCUUCAAGUCCACUCCUGAUGAUCUCAAUGAAGGUAGCCUUGUUUCUAAUCUUUUUGAUAAUACUGCUGUUAGGCCUAGCUUAUGGAUUAUUGAUUCAGGGGCAACUGAUUAUAUUAUCUGUUCCCUAGAAUACUUUGAAAAGUGUGAGGCAGUACAUGGGGUUCUUGUGAAAUUACCUAAUGGAGAAACAGUUAGUGUUAGUCAUGUGGGAGAAAUCAGACUGCAUGAGAAUAUGUUGCUGAAAAAUGUGUUAUGCAUUCCUUCAUUCACUUUCAACAUAAUUUCUGCCAGUAAGUUGACUAAGCAGUUUUCAUAUAAGCUUGUUUUGGAUGCUAAUUCUUGUCACAUCCAGGGCUUUCAUGGGAAGAUGUGUGGUUUUGCUAGGGAAAAGGAUGGAUUAUACCUGUUGAUAGAUCCUCCAACCAGAAGAAAGAAGCACUGUGUAGAUGAGAUUACUAGAGCUCAGUGUAAUGGCUUAUCUUUACAGUUGUGGCAUAAUAGAUUAGGGCACUUCUCUAUGAAUAAGAUGUCUUUUUUAGAUGGAAUAAAGCAUGAGCAGUUUUCAAAAUCAUAA